AUGGCGGCGCUGAGCGGCCUGGCGUCGGCGCUGGAGUCUUACAGGGGCCGCGACCGCCUGAUCCGAACGCUGGGGUACUGUUGCCAACUGGUUGGUGGGGUCCUGGUGGAGCAGUGUCCGGCCAGGUCAGAAGUGGGGACGCGCCUGCUGACACUGUCCUCCCAACUCAGCCACUGUAGGACUGUCCUGCGACUCUUUGACGACAUGGCCAUGUUUAUCUACACGAAGCAGUAUGGCCUGGGGGCAGAGGAGGAAGACCUCUUUGUCCGCGGCGUAUCCGUCCUGGGCAACCUGGCGGAUCAGCUCUACUACCCCUGUGAGCACAUCGCCUGGGCUGCCGAUGCCAAGAUCCUCCGUGUGGACUCUGCCCGGUGGUGGACACUGAGCACGGCCUUCUGGGGCCUCUCCCUGCUGCUGGGCAUCGCCAGGUCAUUGUGGAUGGUCCUGAAACUGAGACAGAGGCUGAGGGACCCCGCGGUGGCCUUUACCAGCCGGCUGCCGCGGAGCAAGAGGAGGGCCUUGGAGGCCCAGGUUCAGUCGGAGGUGCUGACUCUCUUGAGCAACCUGGCCGAUCUGGCCAACGCCGUGCACUGGCUGCCUCCGGGCGUCCUGUGGGCCGGCCGCUUCCCCCCGUGGCUGGUGGGCCUCCUGGGCACCGUCUCCUCCCUCCUCAGUGUGUACCAGGCCGUCCGGGCCGGUGACUGGACCGAGGCCACCGCCCCCUGACGUGGCCCGGAAGGUGUGGAUGCAGCCGGAACCCCACCGGAGGGCCCCCUCCCACAAGGCAGAAAUCACCGGGGCUGGGGCUGGGUCUUUAAUUGAGCGAGUCAAUGCCAGGUGUAGGGAGGUACGGCCCAGAGAACGCUCGAGCAGCCUUGGGGACAAGGCCAGGGUGGGGCAGG